AUUGUAUGAAGGGAGGUAGGUAUGAGCUGUGGGAGACUCUUAGUUUCGGCUGCAGCUGGCAACACACAGGCAGCCACUACUGAGCAGAAGAAGCUGAGCCAUGCUGGAUCCAAGCCCUCCCUCUCCGAGAGCACCGGCCGACUCCCUCAGAUAGCCAUGAACACCUGCAAGUACAAUGGCGGAGUGGUGAGACCACUAGUGGGCAGCCUGGCGUCCUCGUCGCGCCGCAACCUUGCGGAGCUCGACUCGGAGACGCAGCCCUUGCAGACGCUGCACAGCUCUGGCUUGGAGGUGGUGGUGUCCAAGGGCAACGGCGGCGAAGACCCCAGCAAGGCAUCCAACGAGAGCUUGGUCCGGGAGGGCAGCGGGCGUGGCGGAGGCAGGGCGCCGCAAAAGAAGAAUAGGGACAUUGGCUACAAGCUUGGCCACCGGAGGGCGCUGUUUGAAAAGCGAAAGCGACUCAGCGAUUACGCACUCAUCUUCGGGAUGUUUGGGAUUGUUGUCAUGGUGACAGAGACGGAACUGUCAUGGGGGGUUUACACUAAGGAAUCUUCAUACUCAUUUGCACUGAAAUGCCUUAUCAGCCUUUCCACUGUUAUAUUGCUUGGUCUUAUAAUAAUGUACCAUGCCCGGGAAAUCCAGCUGUUUAUGGUCGACAAUGGUGCGGACGAUUGGAGGAUAGCCAUGACGUAUGAGCGGAUCUUCUUCAUCGUGCUAGAGCUGCUGGUGUGUGCCAUCCAUCCCAUCCCUGGCCAGUACGUGUUCACCUGGACGGCGCGACUGGCCUUUACCUACACUCCGUCGGUGGCUGACGCUGACGUGGACAUCAUCCUCUCCAUCCCCAUGUUCCUGAGACUCUACCUGAUUGGCAGGGUCAUGUUACUCCACAGCAAGCUGUUCACGGACGCUUCGUCUCGCAGCAUUGGCGCCCUCAACAAGAUCAACUUCAACACACGCUUUGUCAUGAAGACCCUCAUGACCAUUUGUCCAGGAACUGUUCUGCUGGUGUUCAGUAUAUCCUCCUGGAUCAUUGCUGCAUGGACUGUGCGCGUCUGUGAGAGGUAUCAUGACAAACAGGAAGUGACCAGUAACUUCCUAGGAGCCAUGUGGCUCAUUUCGAUUACCUUCCUUUCCAUUGGCUACGGGGACAUGGUACCUCACACGUACUGUGGGAAAGGCGUGUGUCUGCUUACAGGGAUUAUGGGAGCUGGUUGCACUGCACUGGUAGUUGCAGUGGUAGCCAGGAAGCUGGAGCUGACCAAGGCUGAGAAGCACGUCCACAACUUCAUGAUGGACACACAACUCUGCAAACGAGUAAAGAACACAGCUGCCAAUGUACUCAGGGAAACAUGGCUCAUCUACAAACACACCAAGUUGGUCAAAAAGAUAGAUCAUGCCAAGGUGCGGAAACACCAGCGCAAGUUUCUCCAAGCCAUUCACCAACUGCGCAGUGUGAAGAUGGAGCAGAGGAAACUCAAUGAUCAGGCCAACACCUUGGUGGACCUGGCAAAGACCCAGAAUGUGAUGUAUGACCUGGUGUCAGAGCUGCAGGAGCGCAGUGAGGAGCUGGACAAGCGCAUCGGCACAUUGGAGGACAAGCUGGACUCGGUGACGGGCAGCCUGCAGGCGCUGCCCUGCCUCAUCUCCCAAGCCAUAACCCAGCAGCAGCAGGACUUCCUGGACGGCUUUGUUCACCGCUUUCGGCCCGCCUCGCUAGCCUCAGAGCGCUCUGAACGCUCUGAGCGAUCCUGGACUUCCACCGCCCGUAGGCGACGCUCACCCUCCACAGCACCACACACCUCCUCUGAUAGCGGAUAACCUUGACAAACCCUCUGCAGUCACGUUCGAGCCCCACCUCUCCCAAACCAACUCGUCACAGCCUUCUGUCCCAUCCAAACCCAUCCCUGUAACUGCUGGAGAGUCCAUGUCUGGACUAAUAAAGAAUCCAUAUCUUGACCCUUGACCUAAUCCUUGCCCCAACCCCCCAACCCUCCCACCCAAUCCAUCCCUUCUCUCCUUCCUCCACGCCCAACAUCAAACCCAAAAUCCAAUUCCUCUGUGACUGAGCUUCUCAGCACAGGACUGGAUCAGAGCUACUUCAAAAGAACAAAGAAAGGCAAAUGAAGACUUAAAUCAAAUAAAAACACAAAUGCAUCCAAAAACAGAAAAAGAGAAAAAAAAUUUAAAAAUGACUGAAAAACCGAGAUAAAGUAGAGAUAUGGUUUAUGUUUUAGCCAUUGUAUGGCUGUUCAAGUUAGCUUUUUUGUAAAAGCCCUUGUAUAGUUAAAAAAUGACUGAGUUCAGGGUCACUGGGGUGAGAGCUGGCUAUCACACCGGAGAGUCCUUAACCAUGAGGGGGGAAAUGUUGGUCUGUGGAGCUGAGGGCCUCGGCUCACCUGCUGGCCCUCUGAGGCCAUGGACAACAUCCGUCCAACCAUUCGUCCGUCUAUCUGUUUGUCCGGUGAGGGGAGCGAGACAAACCAUUGGAUUUCCCUUUCAAAAGACUAGUGUCAUGGAUUCUUUCCCAUAGGUUAGGGUGAAAGCUUUAGGAGAGGUUAUGAAAGCUCUGACUUCAGGUCAGUGUUUUAAAAUGCACUUAAGGGGGAUGGGAAACUGUCACACAAAAGAAGAGCAAAGGGGAUGCAUUUGGCAUUACUACUGGGUAGGAAAAAUUUACACAAUUGCCAACUUCAAGGUUUCAGCUUCCUUGUUCUUACCAAGGAAAAAAUGAGAGCGACUAUCUUUUUUAGUUACAUAUUGACAUGUGAUUUUUCAGUGCCUGAAUGUAUAAAUAGUAGAGGGUUAUUUAAUUACUAAUUUCAGAGCUUUUUUACGAUGUUAACAGUCUGAAUACAGCAUUGCAUUCCUUUUUCAGAUACAUUCCUCUCCAAAAAUUUAAAGAAAAUGUCUUAAUGUAAUGCAUAACAUUGCCUCCAUUAUACAGCAACUCUAAAUGUUUCAUAAACCUUUUUUUUCUAUUUCUACUAACACCAUGAAAAAAGAAAAAUGUUCAGAGGGUAAGUGAAAGUGAGACAGGCUGAGGGAAUAUUUGUGAGUGUGUUUGUCAGAGAACGAGUUCACUUUUAGCUCAAUGCUGCACACUCAUACACACAACAAUGAAAUAUGUAGUAGUCUACCUUCCACACCACCACUAAUUAGAGCUUCCUGUGGUCCUCAGAAAAUGGCAUGGCUUGGGGUCUGCUGGUAUAUACGGCCACACAGGCACACAUCACUGGUUGAACUGAGAAACCAACCCUGCCCCUUUGCAUGGUUCUGUGCAAAAAUGACAAUGGAACACAAUCUUCCGUGGAUGGCUUGAUGAUGAUUUUCAUGAUUUUGAUUUUGUUAUGUUUACUUUUGUUUGUUUGUUGCCUUUCUUUCUUUUGUUUUUUUACUAAAAUUUCCUUUUAUUAACUAGGAUACCUAGGGUUUUUAGAGUUGCAGAACCUAGAGAGUUGCAGUAUUGUGAUUCUGUAGUGCAUUUCCUGUCUAAAAUAUGAGGUGAAUAAAAACCGAUAUUACAAAAGAAUCCUUAAAGGAUACAAAUAAAAGUGCUGAAGAAGCUUUGAUGGUUACAGAACAGUGAAUUGUUCCCUCAGCAAGUGUAAAGGAAAGGUUAGACAUUUUGGGGACUUAUGCCUAUUCACUUUCUAGCUUAAAAGAUCAAUACCACUCUCAUAUCUGUAAGGUAAAAAUGCAGCUACUGCUAGCAGCUGGUUAGCUUAGCUU